AUGAGACUGUCAAACGCUACUCGAGUACGGUACUCGUACCAGACUCUUUGUUUCCAGGUCUGCCAUCGGUACCCUGGAGUGGGAAUGAGUAAACUCGCCACAAAGAAACUCGGAAUUGAGGACUGCAAGGCGGCAGCCGACACGCUCGCGGAAGCUUUCUUCAAGGACGACGUUGCAUUCUACUUUCUCGAUACCCCCGACAAUGGUGGAAAGACCAGGGAUGAGCUCUACCCAUUACACCGAGAGAUUCUGGAAUACAUCGUUGCAGCACAUUGCUACAACGGUCUUGUCCUGAGCAUAGGGGAGAACCAUGAAGGCGUAGCAUUGUGGAUGCCGCCGGGACAAAACAUGGAUGACUGGUUCACAAUCUUCCGGAGUGGUAUGUGGAGGCUGUGGUACAAAUUGACGAAAGAGGGAAAGAGGCGGUAUUUCGACGAGUUCAUGGAGAUCCUUCAUCGCACCAAGGAGUCAGUUAUGGGGGCGCAAGAUAGUGACACAUGGUACUUGGUCUAUGUCGGUGUCGUUCCCAGUGCGAGAGGGAGGGGUUACGCUAGAAAACUCAUUGAAUACGUGACAAAAAAGCUCGACGCAGAAGGCGGUAAACCAUGCUAUCUCGAAAGCAGUCAUCCCAGAAACGUAGCCAUGUACCAGAAACUCGGCUUCGUGAAGCAGCGACAUAUAGUACUCGGUCCUGACUGCAGCAAUCCUGCUCCUCUCGACAUCAUGGUCCGUCCACCUAUGGAUCGUCGGCGAGAAAAUUACUCCUCGAGUCGCAAAAUGUCAGUGGCAACCGGAGUUGGUCGGGUCCUCUCUGCAUAAAUGCAUAAACCGGACCCAAUCGGCAGAAAAAAAAAAUUUAAAAAAAAAUCGCUACUUUCCCUCUCAACUUACUACAACACUUUCUCCGCCUCCAUCUCCUCCGUGUCCGUAAGGAUCCCCCAUUCGACUGGAAGGAGCGAUAAACUUUAUGGCAUUGUAAUUAUGGGCUUUGGCAAAGGGGACGGAACAGGGACGAAAUUUGGAUGGAUGGUUGAUUUGCAUCGGGUGGCGACCGACAUUCAUGAAAAGGUGUUCUUCUCCCGGGAGUCUUUCCCUUUCGUUUCUGUUAAUGUUUUAACUCUCUUCUCCCGCCCCCUUCCUCACUUUAAUGCUUUUCUUUUGUCUCGAUUACCAUAUAAUUAUAAAGGACUUGGAGUUUUUGUGUUUUUAUUUUAUUUUCAUCUAUUCGUUUAUUUAUCCUACAUUUUACACUUUACCCCUUUUCUCAAUGUUUUUUUUUUUUUUUUUUUUUUAAUGACUUUCCUUUUUUCUUAAUGUCUCGGGCGGGUUUGUUCAAAAAAAAAAACUGGGAUGCCGUUUGCUGUUUUUUCUUUCUUUUCCUUUCCCCUCGAGCAUUAUACCUGGUUCGGUUUAGACAUUUUUAUUGGGUGUAGACUGGCAUGGGCGCCCGGCUUUUUUUUUUUUCUUAAAAGAGGAACACGAUUAGAACUUUGUCCGUUAUUUCACACGCACAGCUUAACUGUUGCGAGCGACGGGGGAAGCGUGCAGGGCAAAAAAAAAAGGGUUGUUAUAUAGAUCAAUUACAAUAAUUCUAUCC